AAUGUUCACUCUCUCUCUCUUUCACAUACACACACUCUCACUCUCCCCAUCUACAAUAAUAUCAUAUCAUCUUCCCCCCACCCACACAAUCUCUCUCUCUCUCUCUACUCAAGCUUUCCAUUUCAUUUCCAUUUCAGUUCUAAAUCCUAUUCCUUUUCCAUCCUCUCUCACUAUUCUACUCCCAUUUCCCCCACGAAUCCAACACCCCCAUCAACCACUCAAAGAUUCCACUGAAUCCAACUCAGAUCGGACAAAAUGAGAGAUAACCACCCUCCGCCGCCCACCUCCGACGACGACCACCGAUCCUCCUCCCUCCCGGAUCUUGCCAGAGGCGGCCAAAUCACCGACUCAUCCUCCUCCAAAACCCGACCCGGACCCGGCUCAUCAUCAUCAUCACUCCCUCAACCGGGUUCCGGCUCGGAGCUCCAGGCACAGUUCCCGGACCAGGUCCUCGAGAACGUCUUGGAAAACGUGCUCCACUUCCUCUCCUCACGCCGCGACCGCAACGCCGCCUCAUUGGUGUGCCGCUCCUGGUGCCGCGCCGAGGCGCUCACCCGAUCCGAGCUUUUCAUCGGGAACUGCUACGCGGUGUCGCCUCGCCGCGCCACCGCCAGGUUCAGCCGCGUCCGGUCUGUUACCGUGAAGGGGAAGCCGCGGUUCGCGGAUUUCGAUCUGAUGCCGGACGAUUGGGGGGCCCACUUCGCCCCCUGGGCAACCGCGCUGGCUCAGGCUUAUCCAUGGCUUGAGAAGAUCCACCUCAAGCGCAUGUCUGUCACCGAUGAAGAUCUCGCCGUCGUUGCCGAUUCAUUCUCCGGCUUCCGUGAGCUUGUCCUCGUUUGCUGCGAGGGCUUCGGCACUCGCGGACUCGCCGCCGUUACCUCCAAGUGCAGGUUGCUGAGGGUGCUUGAAGUGGUGGAAUCCUUGGUGGAGCCGGUAUCUGAGGACGAGGUGGAUUGGGUGUCGUGUUUUCCAGAGACUCAGACUCAUUUGGAGUCUCUUGUUUUCGACUGUGUUGAGUACCCGGUGAAUUUUGAGGCUUUGGAGGGGCUGGUAGCGAGGUCACCUGGUUUGAAGAAACUUAGAUUGAACCGUUUUGUGUCCAUGCCUCAGCUGUACCGGUUAAUGCUUCGUGCUCCCCAGCUCACGCAUCUUGGAACGGGUUCAUUCAGUGACAGUGAGGCUUUGGAACAGGAACCUGAUUAUGCCUCUGCUUUUGCAGCUUGCAGAUCAUUGGUUUGUUUGUCUGGAUUCAGGGAGAUUUGGGCUAAUUACCUUCCCGCCAUUCUUCCAGUUUGUGCAAAUCUCACUUCAUUGAAUUUGAGCUAUGCUGAUGUUAAUGCAGAUCAGCUGAGGUCUGUUAUAUGCCACUGCCGUAAGCUGCAGAUAUUGUGGGCUCUUGAUUCGAUUGGUGAUGAAGGCCUUCAGGCAGUGGCUACAACUUGCCAUGAUCUACGCGAGCUUCGAGUUUUCCCUGUGGAUGCGCGGGAGGAGUCUGAAGGUCCAGUUUCUGAGGUUGGUUUUGAAGCAAUAUCAAAGGGUUGUAGGAAAUUGGAAUCAAUUUUGUUUUUCUGCCAGAGGAUGACAAAUGCAGCUGUGGUAGCUAUGUCAAAGAACUGUCCUGAUCUUUUGGUGUUUCGUCUAUGUAUUAUUGGGCGAUAUCGGCCGGAUGCUGUGACUCAAGAACCAAUGGAUGAGGGUUUUGGUGCUAUUGUUAUGAAUUGCAGGAAGCUCACUCGACUUGCUGUGUCUGGUUUGCUGACUGAUCGGGCUUUUGAGUAUAUUGGAAGGUAUGGGAAAUUGGUUAGGACAUUGUCAGUUGCCUUUAAUGGGGACACUGACCUGGCCCUUAAAUAUGUGCUAGAAGGGUGCCCUAAUAUGCAAAAGCUUGAAAUCAGGGAUUGUCCAUUUGGGGAUGCAGCUUUGCGAUCUGGGUUGCAUCAUUAUUACAACAUGAGAUUCCUCUGGAUGUCGAACUGCAAAUUGACGCGCCAAGCUUGCCAAGAUGUUGCACGAGCAUUGCCCCACCUUGUUGUGGAAGUGAUCAACAAGGAAGACGAGGCGGCAGUUGAUGAUAUUGAGUUAUUGUACAUGUAUCGGUCUCUUGAUGGGCCGCGGGAUGAUGCUCCACAAGUUGUUACCAUUCUGCAUUAGAUUUUUCAAUUCAAGACGUUUAUAGCUUUUUCCUAUGGUGGCUAUUGAGUGUAAUAUGGAGCCAGGGGAUUUCUACUAUCAAUGUCAAAUGAAGUUCUCCUGUUCUUGGCGUGGGCGGCUGCGGCGGCAGGCCACAAAGAUGCUAUCGUGAGAGAAACAUUUUUUCAUUUGCUCUUGUUUAUGUCAGAGGACUCAGGUUUGGGAAUAGAAAAAUAGGGAAGGUUAGGAGGAGAAUGGUGCAGAAGAUAAAGUCAUACAGGUAUUGGACCAUUCAAUGUUGUUGUAUCUUCAUAGUUUAUGUAUUUUUUCCUUCUAUUUUCAAUUCAUCAUAUCCGAAAACUGCCAAAGGGUGAAGUAGAGAUUGUUGAAGCUGCUCUGAGGAUUGGUUCAUUGGUGAAAUAGUGGUAAAUUGAGACAAGUUUCAGAAGUAUGAAAACAGAGGGUUUAGAGAGGUGAGGUUCUCUAACUCUUCCACCAUAUCAUACCAGUAGAGAAGCAAAAACUCUUCCCUUUGUAAGGAACUUAGUCUGUUUAUUUGGAUUCAAAUCAUAGUUAGUUCAAACUGUAGGUGGGAAGAAUCCAAUCCCUGGGCUCAUAUAAACUUAUCCAUCUCUUUAAUCUCAAUGCUUGUUUCUUAUUAUUAUUUUUCCCAGAUGUAUUGAUGUACCAUCUGACUGUAGAAUUUAUUGAUAUUGCUAGCAAUUGUCAGAUGUUUAAUAAAUGCCAGAAUUUGCAUGGACCA